AAUGGUGGGUAAAUAUCGGAGGAAAUAUCUCCAUCUUACCUUAACAUGUAAUCUGUUAAUAUCUAGUCAAUCUAUAACAAGCUUUUUUCAAGUUUAAUCUUAUUUAUUUUACUACAUUUCAAAAUACCUUACAUUAAAUAUUCUUUUAAAAAUUGGAAAUAGCGUAUGUAAUAUGAACAUUUUAAGGCGGAUACUGCAACCAUCCGUACAAGAAAGUUUAUGGACAACCGUCUUCUUUACCGAAAGCAGAUGGUUGUCGAUGUGUUGCACCCUGGAAAAGCAACAAUUCCACUUGCUGAUAUAAGGGAGAAACUUGCACGUUUAUACAAAACUACAGCUGAUAACGUAGUAUGCUUUGGGUUUAAGACAGUAUUUGGUGGUGGAAAAACAACCGGAUUUUCUUUAAUUUAUGACGAUUUAAAAGAUCUUAAAAAGAUUGAGCCAAAGUAUAGACUUCAAAGGCUUGGAUUGUAUAAAAAAGAAAAACCACCACGAAAACAAAGAAAGGAACGAAAAAAUAGAACAAAGAAAGUUAGUGGUACUGCUAAGGCUAAAGUUGGUAUCGGGAAAAAGUAAAUCGAAAUCAACUUUGGAAAUGUGUUGAUAAAAUUAAAAUUGGAAGUGUUGUUGUUUUU